AUGCAUCUCAACGCUGCUCUCGCGAUCCUUGCGGCCUCCAGGGUUGCCCUGGCUGCGCCUGCCACUGAGGAGACUCAAGUCGACCCUGCGCUCCGUCUGAUCAAGACGUCCGAGGCCGACGCCGGCACCUGGGUCACGGAGGACCAGAAGAUUGAGGAGUAUGUCAACAAGCACAUUGGCUUCAUUGACAUCACCGACAUUGUCGACGAUGAGGUCUUGGCGGUCCUGUCCACCCCGCCGGAAGAGGUCCUCGAGGCCAGAGUGACAUACCCCACCACUCUGUCCCACGUCACCGAGGCGAACGCCCUCAUCGCGUCGGUCUCUAACACCAACCCCCAGACGUGGUUGAAGACUUUGACCGAGUUAGUGAUUAUGAGCUCAGAUCUUACCUGCGAGUACAUGCUGACAACAUACAGCUUCUACAACCGCUACUACCGCUCCACCUACGGUACCCAGGCUGCUACCUGGUUGUUCAACCAGGUCAAGACUGUUGCGGCUGCCAACUCGGCCAUCACCGUCACCCAGUUCACCCACUCCUUCAGCCAGCCGUCCAUCAUCGUCAAGAUUCCCGGAACCAGCUCUGACCUGGUCAUUGUUGGUGCCCACUUCGACUCCACCGGAGGCUCUUCCACUGCCCGUGGACCCGGUGCUGACGACAACGGCUCGGGUGUCGUUGUCAUCCUUGAGGCUCUCCGUGUUCUCGCCAACGCUGGUUUCAAGCCCAAGAACACCCUCGAGUUCCACUUCUACGCCGGUGAGGAGGGCGGUCUUCUCGGCUCCCAGGCUGUCUUCGCCAACUACAAGUCCGCCGGAAAGACCGUCCUUGCCUUUGUCAACCAGGAUAUGGCCGGUUACUCUCCCUCUGGCAAGCUCUCGGUCUACAACGACUACGUUGAUUCCGCUCUUACCACCUACGUCCGUCUCAUUGGAACCCAGUACACCGGCAGCGCGCCCACCAGCGACGUCUGCGGAUACGGGUGCUCCGACCACGCCAGCGCCCGCUCCAACGGCUUCCCUGCCGCCUACGUCUGCGAUGAGCCCAUCGACACCUCCACCCCCUACAUCCACAGCCCCAACGACAGCUACGACACUAUCCAGUGGUCUGCCGUCCUCCGCCACUCCAAGUUCACCGUUGGUUUCUUGGUUGAGGCUUCUUACUUGUAA